AUGUUCCGCUUGGUCUCCGUGAUGGAGGAGUCCACGCGGAGCGUGAGUGAUGCCAUGAACCUCACGUUAGAGCAUCAGGCUUCCUCCAUGGAGCGAUUGGCAACUCUCCUGGAGAGGGGCUUCCAGCAGAAUAACCAACUUCUCCUGGGGUUACACUCGGACCUGCAAGCCCUCACAGUGCCAGUGGCCACCAUUGGUCAUUGCAACUUAAACCCAGAAGUAGUUUCAGAAUCUGGCUAUUGUGGUCCACCUGUUCCAGGCCCUCAGGCAGCUAAGCUUUCUCAUAUAUUUCUCAAACCCAAACUCUUUGGAUUUGAGAUGUUGCUGGAUGUACAUAUAUAUAUGAUCGAGGUUUCACAGCCUGGUGAAGGGUGUCAAGAACUUGGAGAGGGUUCAGAAGAAAUUUACUAUAAUGGUGCCGCAGGUGAAAGAUUUCAGAAUUAUAAUAUCUCCAACCACCUCUUUCAAGGACCUGUUGAACACAUGCCUUUUAUAGAAAUGGACAUCAGAUUUGUUCACACCCUCAUAGCUUUAGUCUUCACUGUACAUUGUGCAGGUCUUGACUAUGGUGGGAUGCCAGUUUUGUUUAGCGAUGAUGAGGGCGAUCCCACGGUGUUGUCACUCAGUGGAAGAAUUACUUCUGACUACUUCAGAUACUUUGGUUUUGAAGAUUGUCCUUCAGAGUGUGACUGCCUGAUCCAUUGGCCCACUGCAUUGUAUUGUGAUAACAGGGCACUGCUGCAUGUACCAUUGAUGUUGCCAUUUAGAACCCAACACCUGUACAUCCAAGGCAAUUGCAUCCAACGCCUCCCUGCAGGGAUGUUCAAGAACACAACUGCCCUAAAAUGGAUGAUCUUGGACAGAAACAAAAUUAAAAGUAAGAAUAUUGGAAAAGGCGUGUUUAGCAGUCUUAACCAACUUGAAAAUCUGUACAUGAAUUACAAUAACUUGAUAGACAUACCUGCACCAUUGCCUAGCAGUUUAAAGCAGCUGAGACUGGCACACAACAGAAUUACAAAACUCUCCCAAGAACCAUUCGAAAACCUGGAGAACUUAGUGAAGUUGCUGCUUCGUGGCAGUCGACUGACAACAAUCAAUGGAGGGGAUAUGAAAGGAUUGAAGUCUAUUAUUCACCUGGAUUUGAGUUAUAAUCGGCUGCCUGUGUUCCCCAAGAAUUUUCCAAUUACAAUCCAGCAACUCUACUGCACCAACAAUUUUCUCGAAACCCUUGCAGAAGAUUGCUUUUCACAGUUUCAACAACUCCUUUACUUGCGGCUGAGUCAUAACAAGUUUACCACCGAGGGCCUAGCCCCAAAUAGUUUCAACAUCUCCACCCUGAUUGAACUGGGACUGUCCCAUAACAACUUCAUCUCCAUUCCACACGUCCAUAAAAACCUUCAAUAUCUCUACGUGGAAGCCAAUCAAAUUAAUGAGUUUAACAUGACCAGUUUCUGUCGCAAAGGAAGCCCGAUGGAUUAUUCUCAGUUGAGGAUUCUCCGGUUGGAUGGGAACAAACUAACCUACAGCCAAAUUCCCAGUGACUGGAUGUGGUGUUUAAGAGCCAUCACUAAAAUUAUUGUGUAG